AAGGGGGCGGAGCGAAGGGAGAGGGAGAGUGAACGAGGAGAGUGCGAGAAGCCUCGGCGGAGGAACAAGCGCGAGAGCGAGAGCGAGAGCGAGGCGCGAGCGCAGAGACAGAGCGAGCGCGAGCCAUCCGCCCGUAGCGCCAGCGCCGCCGCCGCCGCCGCCGCGAGGGAGGAGCCGUAGCGCGAGCCGCCAACCGUCCGCCGCGGUCACGAGGCGCCUGACUCGGAGCGAGCGAAGGCGGCGAACGGCGACGCGUCGGCUGGCCGCUGGGACGGAGAGACCAGGCGGGCGGCGGGCGGGCUCCAUGGCGAGGCGCGGCUCCUCCAGCAGCAGCGGCGCAGUGUCCCGGGCCCGCGGGCUCUAGUGCCACCAGAGCAGCCUCUCGCUCGCUCGGUAGUCCCCGCAGCCCCGGCUCCGGGCCUCGGCGGCUCGCUCCUUCCUCCCUCUCUUCUCUUCCUCCCUCCCUUCUUCCUUCGCAUCUUUCCCCGCGCCCUCGGACGGGUUGGCGGCGGCCGAGCCCCGGCGGGAGGAGCAGCGGGAGGAAUCCGCCUCUAUGAUGAAGUUUAAGCCGAACCAGACGAGGACCUACGACCGCGAGGGCUUCAAGAAGCGGGCGGCCUGCCUGUGCUUCCGCAGCGAGCAGGAGGACGAGGUGCUGUUAGUGAGUAGCAGUAGGUAUCCAGAUCAAUGGAUUGUUCCUGGUGGAGGAAUGGAGCCCGAGGAAGAGCCAGGUGGAGCUGCAGUAAGAGAAGUAUAUGAGGAGGCUGGUGUCAGAGGAAAAUUAGGCAGACUUCUGGGGAUAUUUGAGCAGAAUCAAGACCGCAAGCAUCGCACUUAUGUUUAUGUUCUUACUGUCACUGAAAUAUUGGAAGACUGGGAAGAUUCUGUUAACAUAGGAAGGAAGAGAGAAUGGUUCAAGGUUGAAGAUGCCAUUAAAGUUCUGCAGUGUCAUAAACCUGUGCAUGCUGAGUAUUUGGAAAAAUUGAAGUUGGGCUGUUCCCCAACCAAUGGAAAUUCCAUGGUUCCCACCCUUCCAGACAACAAUUCUUUGUAUGUAACUUCUGCACAGACUUCGGGGCUGCCAUCUUCUGUAAGAUAAAUAUUUAGGUGACCAUACACAGUUUCACAGGGAGAAGGCUUCUGUUUGAUAUCCACAUGUUUAAACUGUCUGAAUUUUCAGAUACUGUGUAUUCAGGCAGUUUUCAUAUUUUGCAGAUGCUUGGAAAUAUUUCCCUUUUUCUUUAACAGUGUAAAAAAUACUUCAGUAAACCAAAGCCAUAUGGAUUUUUUUUUAAGAUGCCUUAACUGUGUGCCCUCUCCCUUUCCCCAAAUACAUUUUUAUUUUUGUUUUUCAGACUGCUCUGCAUUCUGGUUUUCAUACCAACUUACCUGAUAUGGUGGUCUGGAGUUUUUUGUUUUUUUUUAAAGGAUGUCAAGGGGAGAGAUGAUUAGGUACUUUCCUAAAGUAUUGACCCAUUGAAAGCAAGCCUUCUAUAGUGGUUUUUAGCUUUUAGAGCUCAUUUCAAAAGAUUAAAAUGUUUAUAGUGCCACUUUGUUUCAAGAUACACUAUAGCCCUCAUGAUUUCUUGGAAUUUAGAGAAUAGAUGUAUAUUAAACACUUUCUCUAUUAGAGGGUAUUGUUUCCUAUACAUGUGGCAUCUUUUCCCUCAAGAUUUAAACAUAGGACUUUUUCCAAUGCAGAGUAUGGAUGACAUUUCAGUAUGAGAUGCCACUAUCAUAAUACAGACACCCUGGAAAUAAUAUAAACUAGGCCCAUGAAAAACAGCAUUAGGAUUCACCUUUAGCCUGCCCCUUUGAUUUAUCAUCCUUUUGUGCAGAAUACCCUAGGAAAUGCAUAAGUUAUUGUUUUUAAUGGAAAAAACCUACUUAAUAUAAUUAGCCAUUUUCAUCCUGGACUAUCUUUUUAGUUGGUUGGUUUCAUUAAUCCACUGCUACAAAUAGCACACUGGCAUCACGCUCGAAUCCUCUCCCAUUUCUGCCAUUUCUCUUUCCCAGUUUCUGCCAUUCCUUUUAGUCCCUGGGAGCCUCUUCGUUAUCUUUCCUGGCAAACAGUAGCCAACAGAAUUGAAAAUACCCAGGUUUAUGAUGGGAAGCUUAACUUGUUUUAGAACCUUUUAAAUGUUCUACAGACCCCUCAAAUUUCACUCCCACUCAAAACUUAAGAGUGGACACUUUUGCAUCUCUUCAUUUGGAAAAAAGGUUGUGAUUGGGGGUUUUUCAAUUCUUUUCACUCUUAAAACUUCUAAGACAACCUAAAACCAAGAAUCCCAUCUAAAACACAAAUACCUCUUCCCUAAUCAGGUCAGAACUGAGGUGUAAGUGUAAAAACCUUUAGCAUUUUGAAGAGAUGUGGGGUUAAAAAUCAUUCUACAAACAUUUGUAAAUAUUCUAAAUGGUAAAUAGUGAGUGUAAAGUGGAAAGUACAUGUAAUUUAAACACUUUGUUAUUCAGUACACAAAUCGUUAACCUACUUUUAAAACACAAUUGUGUAAAAUGCUGCUAUAAAUUAAAAUUGAGUGCUGUUACACUUUUAGGAAUUAUUGGUGCCACAGUUUGAAAUGAGAUCUUGUGCCAUUCAAACACAUCAGAUCUUAAGUACAAGUUCUAACUCACAUGAAAAUAGGUUUUGAAAACGUAUUACUGCUAACCAAAAGAAAUGAAGAAAGUAGAAAAUGCACAUUUGGAGAAUUUCCUAUUCUAAAUUAUGUAACUUGAUUGAGAAAUUUUAUUUCUCCUUGUACAGGAAGUUAAACGUCUUUUAAAAAAAAACAUUUUGAGCAAACCCUUUCAAUCCUAUAAAUUGACUUAGAAAAAUCUCAUGGGCUAGAUGUUUCUCAGAGUAACUUAGUUAUUUGAGAAGUUUCUUUGAAUUAGAAACAGCCAAAAGAAACUGGAUUUUUGUUUUAUGGACUCAAUUUUUGUACAUAAAACUACUCCCACUCAACAUUCUAACACUGGGGAUUUAAAAAAAAAAAAGCUUGUACAUGGUAUUCUUAGAGGUAAAUAAUGCAUGAUCUUAUUUUGUAACUCAAACUAUGUAUUUGAUAAAAAUGUAAAAAUGUACAGUAUUGAUGUUAACCAACUCAUAAGAGUUGUUAGCCUAUAAAUAUUUUGUUGUAUAAUUUUUUGGUCAGAACAUUUGGGCUUAGUAGUGCCACAUCAGGAUUCCUUAAUGCCGUUCAGUGUACAGAUCUCUUUAGUGUCUAUGCAACUUGGAAAAUUCCUUUAAUUAGUUUUGAUUCCUAAUGUUUCUCUUUGUAUAAUUUAACAGAACAUUUUACUGUUGUCAUAUUUCAAAGUAAACAGCGUGUCACCACAGGGUUGGCUCUUGCUAAAUAGUUCAGAUUGGUCUAGCAGAAUUACAAGAGAUAGCUUUCUCUUAUGUUGAAAGGAGACUGAAGACACCUUCAGCCCAAAUAGCUACAGUGAAGUGGCCAAGUGUUCUCUCACCCCUGAACUAAAUCCUGUUAAACAGUUGUCAGAUGGUAGUCCAAUUACUCAUUGGUACAUUACUUGUGGUCCUCUUGCUUAAAGAUUCACAAAUGACUUUGAUUUCUUGUGCCCUAAAUUAUCUUGGAGUGGGCAGGAUGCCUACUUAUGAUUAGAAACAAAGGUAACUCAUAGAACAAGACUGUUAGUAAUUUUGACUUACUGACAUUAGGAAAAAGCUGUUUUCUGCCCCUUUUGUAAGCCACAGUUGAAGUUUCCCAUCUAGGUAAGUGCCAUAUUGUUAACAUUUAAGAACUUGGAGUGCCAAGACUGCUAAGGUAGUUAUCUUGGGGCCAUCUAGAUGAACCAGGACUAGGGUUGGCCUAACAGUGUGGAAUUUUUCAAGAAAAGUCUGUUCUGUUGACAAAACAUAAUAUAAAGAAGCAAACUAAGGAAACAAAAGGCUGUAAACAUUUUUAAUUGUUCUGCAUGGUUUUCUUUUGAAGAUUGGUGUAAGAAUUUUGACUUUUUAUAUUUGAGAUAAAAUAUCAGAAUAAAAAUUAAAUAAAAGUUGUGUGACUGA